ACCUCGGUGCGACACACAAAACCUGACGGCCACAAAAACGGAAGAAAAAACGAGUGGUGUGUGUGUACGCUUUUCUUUUCUUCUAUCCUCCACGGCUGCUGCUACUGCUGCGCUGGGGCCGAAGGAGCAAAAUACGGUGUGCAACCCAGCACAAUUGUGGUGAGAAAGAUCGCGAAACAGGCCGUUUUCCCCACCUCCCCCCCGCCGUUGUGCGUGCGUGUGUGUGUGCGCCAGUCCAGUGAGCCCCCGUGCGUCCGUGCGUGCGUUCGUUCGUGCGUUCGUCGUGUAUCCAUCCUCCGGGAACCUCGCGGAGUGCUUGUUCCAUAUUCCCCCUCACACACACACAUCCUCUGUGUGUGUGUGUGUGCGCGCGCGAGUGUGUUGGAAGGGCGUUGGAAUUCGCACGGCCGUAGGUCGCGAAAUCGUUCUAGUGUUUCGUGCUCGGGGAGCUGCUACCCAGGUGCUGCUGCCCAAGCGUGAUUCGUUUGUGCAGAAUCGUGUGUGUGUGCUAGUGGGUGGGGAAGCGAGGAAGGUAGUGCGAAGGGGCCGUAAGGUUGUGGAGUGCAGUGUGGCCAAAAGUGGCCCAGCGUGCCCGAGUGAGCGUGUGUGAGUGUGUGUGUGUUUGUGGGAGGGGGUGGGGCUGGUAGUGUUGUAAUCGUGCGUUCGUCGUAUGUGCUGGUGCGUGAUCCUGUCCGUGAUUUUGGCACAGCCUUCUGCACAAAACCAGUGUCGUGUGGGUGUGUGAGUGUUGUAAAUAGAGAGUAGAGUUGGAAUAUACUGCUCGUGUGUCCCCUACCCAGAGAGCUCAUCGAUGGCGGCAUUAUCAUCCCGAAGAUGGUUUCAUCGGUCCGUGUCCGGUGUGGAAGCGGAAACAAUGCUGCUGGAGCGAGGCUUCGACGGUUCGUUUCUAGCGCGCUAUUCCUCCUCCAGCCCGGGAGCAUUCACACUGUCGGUGCGGCGCGGUCAAGAGGUGACCCACAUAAAGAUCCAGAACAAUGGUGAUUUUUUCGAUCUCUACGGUGGUGAAAAGUUUGCCACCCUUUCCGAGCUUGUUCAGUAUUACAUGGAAAAUGGUGAUCAGUUGAAGGAGAAAAAUGGACAAAUCAUUGAACUGAAGCAGCCAUUGAUCUGUGCCGAACCUACCACCGAACGGUAAGAGCGGGUUUUUCAUAGAUUACGGUUAAGUUUGAUAGUGCAAAUAAUGUAGGCCAAGGUAUGUGAUCAAACACGACUGUUAUGGCUUUUGGACAAGGUUUACAACAUAUCAUAGAGAAGAAAACAGUUCUAGUUUAAGUGUAUUUCAAUUAUCUCACUAGUUAAUACUUUACUUAGAUAUAAAAACUGUAGAAUAAGACGUAUCAUAUAUAUAGCAUUACAACUAAGUGUUGUAUCGUUUAGAAAAUGCAUUUCUUAUCCGUUUUGGUGGACCAUGAGAGAAUCUAUGAAACCAAUUAAAUUCUGAACGGUUUUAGCAACCCAAGUAGAGGAUGAUUGUUGACACAAUUAAAUAGUACGAAAAAAACGAAAAAUGCUGCACUUACACAUAUUUACACAAAUCAGCAACGAGUCUCAACACAGCCGGGCAAGUAUUGUGCAAUUAAACGAAACGUUUGCAAACCAGCAUAAAAAGGAUUUUUUUUAUUCAGGAGGAACGGUCCAAAAAGGCCGUAUUGCUUAAUAUAAAUAAAAUCUGCUUUAGAAAUAUAAAAUAUACAAUAAAUAGUAAUUAUAUGAUAGAAAAAAGCAGUUUAAUAAAGAGCAUAAUAUAAUCAGAAAUUCUCAGUUAAGCGGUCCGGAGCGAACUCAAAUUUAUAUCGGAAUAAACUCUCAAUGGUUAAGUCUAUUCAGUUAGUUGUGGUUAAAAACUGAAUAGUAUUGUAUCAUUGAAACAUUCUUAAUGGAGGCGCCCAAGAACGUUUGUAAAUCCAUUGGUAAAUGUUUAUGGUAGUUCAGACAUUACAACACACACACAAUUGAUGUAGUUGAAAUAACAUUUUAUGAGUGCUAGAGAUGGUACAUGCUAUUGGCUCCUAAUACGGCCGGACGUAGUUCAAUUAAUGGUUUUAAAGUUUAAACAAUCGGUAUAAAGUCAGCAUAUAUCGCUACCGCGUCUCCAAAAUGAAGAAAGUAUGUGACAUAGAUCGAUAGCAAAAUUGCAGACAUCCAAAAUUAGACGAGGAUAGUCUUUGCAAAAGUCGAUCUUAUGGUAUGGUGGAAAAAUUCACGAAUUAACAUAUCCCGUCUAUCAGGAAAUUCCACAUGAAAUAGGCAGAGCUGCUAAUUAAUCAAAACAGCUUUUCUACUGGAGCUCACGUAAAAGUCAACCAAUUAGAUGCUAGGCUUAAAGUUGUUCUCAAACAUAAAUGAAAGGCAGUGUUUACUAUUGGAUAUGGAUAUUAUUAGACAUGGACAAAAGGCUUUGCUCGUUGGAUAAAAGUUGAACGCUAAAUAAAUUGCGUAUCCAUGCGUAGCUCCAUAUUUAAUCGCUUAGUAGAGCUAGUUCAGUUAACUUCAUGAGACAACAGUGGCUUAUAUACAUUGAGGGCAUUUGUUAAGAGCAAAGGAUGUGAACUAAGUUAAUGAGGGCUUUUACGAUACCAGUCAGCUGGUUUAUAUGGAAUGUGACAGUUGGCGGCUGCAAACAUGUCCACACUCCAUACAAAACCACACGCAAAACUAGCCUCAGAAUUUCAGCUUAGUAUAUUUCAGCCUGGGCCGGUCUAGUGGUACAGUCGUCAACUAAUUCAAGCCCCGAAUAGACCGCGUCCCCAUACGUAGGACUGACUAUCCUGCUACGGUAACAAUAAGUCGCUGAAAGCCAAGCUCACUUCAAUAGUGGGUACAGGCAGGCCUUGACCGACAGCGGUUGUUGUGCCAAAGCAGAA